ACCCCCACGAACCAUAACCCCGCACACAGGAGCCAAACCCGCCCGCCGCACCAAAAAGCCACACCAGCGAGUUCCAGAGAUUCACCGGAGAUGUCGGCGGAGGAGCUGCGGCUGGACCUGGACGAGCUGCGGCGGCUGGAGGGCCUCGCCACGCGCCCCCGCGUCCUCUCCCUCCUCGCCAACGAGAUCCGCACCGUCGACGCAAAGUUGGCCACUGCCGCUGCGACCGUGCCGGUUGCGGCGCCCGCCCGUGCUGGUGUGAGUUACGUCACGCUGGGAACGUUCAGCUGGGACCAGGACAACGACAAGAUCAGGGUUUAUGUAUUCCUUGAGAAUGUUGACCAAGAGAAGGUUGAGACUACUUUUAAGCCAAUGUCAGUGGAUAUUAAGUUUCAUGAUGUUAAAGGCAAGAACUACCGGUGUGCCAUACCAAAACUGAACAAAGAAAUAGUUCCUGAGAAAUGCAAGGUUGUGGUCAAGCCUACAAAGAUUGUCAUCACCCUCUGGAAGGCUUCUACAGGAAGUUGGUUGGACCUGCACUACAAGGAAGACAAGUUCAAGCCAAGCGCGGGCAAAGAUAAAGAUCCCAUGUCAGGACUUAUGGAUUUAAUGAAGGACCUGUAUGAGGAGGGGGACGACAAUAUGAGGCGCACAAUAGGCCAGUCGUUGAUGGAUGCCAGGACUGGGAAGACAGCUGAUCCAAUGAGGCGAUUACCUUGAGCUGGUAGUUUGGUUCUCUAGUAGCUGCUUAAUGCGCUGGGUUGUUCCAUAUAUUCAGUGUGGGUGAGAGUAUUGUGUUGCCGAGUGCGACCUGUCUGAUACAAAUGCCGUCCUUGUUUCUGGGUUGUUUUAAUUUGAAAAUCCUCACGCUCAGCGUAUUGUCA